GUUCUACUACGCUCCCAUUGGCUAGCUAGCGUUGGCUCACUCACAGGCGGUCAGCGCAGAGACAGUGGCCUUCCAAGAGUGUAUUUCCGAGUGUCAAGAUGAAGAUAGCCGUACUUGGAGCCACUGGACAGACGGGACAGUAUCUGGUGAACCAAGCUCUUCAGCAGGGACACUCUGUCACUGCCAUUGUCAGGAACCCAGGGAAAUUGACAGUGCAACAUGAGAAAUUAAAGGUGGUUGAGGGCAAUAUCUUCUCAGAAGAAAGCCUAAAACCUCACUUCCAAGGACAAGAUGCAGUUAUAUCCUGCCUGGGGUUCCCUGCAUCCUUUCUCUCCGGAGUCACUGGAUACACCUUGUCUAUGAGGGCCGCAGUAAACGCCAUGAGAGAGGCCAAAGUGAACCGCAUUAUCACCAUGACUUCAUGGUACACUGACCCUAACUCUGGCACACAGUCAUCUUACCUCAUCCGCUUCCUACUGCUGCCAAUGAUCCGAAGUGUCCUUAGCAAUAUGUUUGAGAUGGAGCACUUUCUGAAGAAGACACAGGAUGUUAACUGGACAAUUGUCAGGCCGCCGGGUCUCAAGAAUUUACCUGCCACAGGUAAAGAGUUCCUUACCCACGAGGGCUACUUUGUUCCUGACUCCAAUGGCCUGCCUGUAGGAAGUGCGGUAGGAAGGGGUGAUGUGGCUCGUUUCAUGCUCUUCCUCCUCAACACCGAUGUCUGGUUCAACAAAGCGGUUGCCAUCACAACCAAAAAUGAAUGAAAUGCUAUCAAUGUUCUGUUUGCGUCAGCCUUUAAUUGUAAUAUUGUUUACCAUCUUGUGCUAUUUUCAUUAUUGUGAACAUUUUUUAAAUGUAAUUUCUGCUGGUUUGAGCAAAAUGUGUCAAUGUCUUUAUUCCAUUUAUGAUGUGUAGUUUGUUACCCUAUAAAGACUUAAGCUAUAUUUUUGUGACUUGGCAUGAAGCAAACAUUUAAAAUGGUAGAAAAAGUCAUUGAAGGUCUAGGGCCUCUUUAAAAAAUAAAUUACAUAAUUUAAGCAUUUUGCACAAUUACAGUGCAUUCAGAAAGUAUUCAGACCCCUUGACUUUACAGCAAUUACAGCCUCAAGUCUUCCGGGGUAUGACUCUACAAGCUUGGCACACCUGUUUCUCCCAUUCUUCUGUGCAGAUCCUCUCAAGCUCUGUCAGGUUGGAUGGGGAGUGUCACUGCACAGCUAUUUUCAGGUCUCUCCAGAGAUAUUCGAUUGGGUUCAAGUCCAGGCUCUGGCUGGGCCACUCAAGGACAUUCCGAGACUUGUCCUGAAGCCAAUCUUGUGUUGUCUUGGCUGUGUGCUUUGGGUCGUUGUUCUGUUGGAAGGAUCAUUUUCGCCCAGUCUGAGGUCCUGAGCACUCUGGAGCGGGUCUUCAUCAAGAACCUGUCUGUACUUUGCUCUGUUCAUCUUUCCCUCGAUCCUGACUAGCCUCCCAGUCCCUGCCGCUGAAAAACAUCCCUACAGCAUGAUGCUGCCACCACCGCGCCAGGUUUCGUCCAGACGUGACACUAGGCAUUCAGGCAAAAUAGUUCAAUCUUGUUUUCAUCAGACCAGAGAAUCUCGUUUCUCAUGGUCUGAGAGUCUUUAGGCAAACUCCAAGCAGGCUGUCAUGUGCCUUUUACUGAGGAGUGGCUUCCGUCUGGCCACUCUACCAUAAAGUGCUGAUUGGUGGAGUGCUGCAGAGAUGGUUGUCCUUCUGGAAAGUUCUCCCAUCUCCAUAGGGGAUCUCUGGAGCUCUGUCAGAGUGACCUUCGGGUUCUUGCUCACCUCCCUGACCAAGGCCCUUCUCCCCCGAUUGCUCAGUUUGGCCAGGCAGCCAGCUCUAGGAAGAGUCUUGGUAGUUGCAGACUUCUUCCAUCUAAGAAUGAUUGAGGCCACUGUUCUUGGGGAGCUUCAAUGCUGCAGACAUUUUUUGGUACCCUUGCCCAGAUCUGUGCCUCGACACAAUCAUGUCUCAGAGUUCUACAGGCAAUUCCUUCAACCUCAUGGCUUGGUUUUUGCUCUGACAUGCACUUUCAACUGUGGGACCUUAUAUAGACAGGUGUAUGCCUUUACAAAUCCUGUCCAAUCAAUUGAAUUUCCAACAAGUGGACUCCAAUCAACUGUAGAAACAUCUCAAGGAUGAUCAAUGGAAACAGGAUGCACCUGAGCUCAAGUUCCAGUCUCAUAGCAAAGGGUCUAAAUACUUAUAUAAAUAAGGUAUGUUUUUUAUAUUUAAUAAUUUACUUAACAUUUCUAAAAAACUGUUUUUGCUUUGUCAAGGGGAUUCUGUGUAGAUUGAUGAGGGGAAAAAUGUAUUUUAUCAAUUUUAGAAUAAAUCUGUCUGGGGUCGGAAUACUUUCCCGAAUGAGCUGUAUGUUCAUGGUAAAUCUGCACUAUGAAGGUAUUGUCAUAAAUUAUUGUUACCACAUGAGGGCAUUACCGUAUCAUAAACUGUCAUCAUUACUGUAAGUAUACAACUUUUUGGACUCACUUGAUAUGGUGUAAAAUAGCAUAUUUUCCAUUUUGUAGUUGUUCAUCAUUAAUGCUAGUCAGAUAUAAUUGAUUAAUUGAAUACUGUAAUACGUUAACACAUUUUGAAAAUAAUUAACAAAUGUUUGCCCAGGUAGGUCAGCAUUCUGCAUGUAGGUUCCUGGUGCAGGUGUGAAUGUCGGUCAGUAAGGAGCUCACUGUUCUGUCAAAGGAUCAUUUGAUUGACCCAUUACAUAAAAUCAUACAUUUUUGGAGAGACUUUGCUUAUAUUCAACCCCAGAGAAAAGCCAGUUGCCUAUCUUGCUGUAAGCCCCUAUGGGAUUUAACUAACUGUGCAAUCAGUAUGCAGCCAUCAGCAACCUUUCCCCACUAAUAAAUUGUGAAAUUACUUUGA